CAUCUGUUAUUGCAACAGAUGGGUUUCAUCUUUCAGUAACUAAACCAAACCAAUGUUUAGUUGAUCUUGAAGCCUAUUGAUAAAUCCAGUAGAUUAGUACAUUCUUAUGGAGGGAUGUUGAAUGACUAGUGCAACCCAUCCUGGAUCAUUCAGCAGUGUAAUGCUUGUCCUGCAUACCUUGGUUAUCUGUAAUACACUCCAGUCCCCCUACUCCCCUUGGGUGCCUAUUUUUGGACCUGAAGCUGGAGCAGUGAUUUAAGUGGUUGCCAGCCAUUCUCUGCCCCUCUGCAUGGGAACAAUACUUCCAAUGCGUCUUACAAACAUCCUCUAUUUUCUCUUCAGUGAUCCUCAAAACCACAGACUGCUGGUGGUGGCGCACUUUGGACUCUAUAAAGAUGGGUUCUGAACAGAGUCCAGCUCAUUUUCUAAGCCUACUUUCUUUGGAAGCCAAAGUAGAUAACCUUUCUUACAAGCUGGAUCAGCUUUUCUCAAGAGGAAAUGGAAGCUGCCCUAUCUGCUCCACCUGCAGUCUGCACACCUCUAGAUGGGAGGCAGCUGAGAGACAUCUUUCUGACCAGUCUAGGCUUCUGGAGAGACUGGAGAAGAGAAUUGACUUGAUGCAUAAUUCCCUAGAUGGGCAUGUAAAAGAUAAGGUGGUGGAAGAUCGAUCCCAGGAAGGAGAUCCCACAGAAAAGCAGUCAAUUGGAGCCCAGGAUGGAGAUCCCACAGAAAAGCAGUCAAUGGGAGCCCAGGAUGGAGAUCACACAAAAAAGCAGUCAAUUGGAGCCCAGGAUGGAAAUCCCACAGAAAAGCAGUCAAUUGGAGGAAACCUCCAACAGCUUGGAGUCCAACCAAUGGCAGAGUCUAAAAGAAAAAAAGAGAGAAAGGGAACAGCAGAAACUGUCAUGGCUACUGUGGUUGUCCCAUCAACAGUUGUCUCUCAAAAGAUCCAGAAAACAUCAAUUACUACAAAGGGUGACACUCCAAAUCAACUGGAUAUUGGACAGCAGGGUAAAAAACAGCAAACGGGCACCAUUCCUCCCGGGAAAGGAGACGAGUCCUCAAUGGGAGAACAACCAAUCAGAUUGAAUCUUCAAGAGGUCAGAUGCAAACCAGUGGCUGUGACAACAGCUGUAACAACAGUACCAUAUAAGACCACACCCACUUUAAUAACUGGAAAGCUGGAUAUAAAACAGGCUAGAACACAGUCCCACCCUAGUGCUCAUUCAAAGAAAGGAGAGAAUGGAUCUGCAUCAGAACGGCCAACUGUUUUCACCGGAGGGAAAUCUGUGGAGGCGGACACCACAAAUGAUCUAGUAAUACAACAGCAUGGUACAAAACAACAUCCUCUACCUGCUUCUCCAAAGAAAGGAGACAGAGGUUCCACCUCAGACCACCAAAUACUUGAAAACUCCCAGAUGGGACAAUCAAAGGCAGAGUCUCGAAGAAGCUCUGGAAAGGAUGAGGCUGUUGUGGAUGCCAUCCCGAAUCAGUCAAUGCAGGUCCCUCCAAAGACAGGAACUACUGUCAUGACUGUCAUCAAACCAACUGCAGUAGUUUCACAGCUUGUGCCACAAAAGAAGUACGUACUGUCUGUUCCAACACCAACAACCACUGAGAGCUCUUCCCUUCGACAUGUCCACAGCUGUCCAGAGUCAUUGCAAAGACUCCAGUGCCCUGGGCCUGUUCCUCCACCUGUCUUCUUAGCCCCUGGCACUUCUCAGGAGAAGAGCUCCAGUACGGUGAGAGGGACUGGUCCUGGUUCAGGCUCAUGCUCAGCCAGUGGAAUCCAUAUCAGAGUUGAUGCUGCUGCACCAGACAGGACCACACCCAAGACCCCACCAAAAACAUGUUACAAAGUCAUAGAUGAUGUUCCUCCACAGCCAGCUCCUUUCCUCCAUCGUUGUGUAGCAUUACGGUCCAACCCUCCUUCGGAUGCCUUCAUCGUCCACAGCAAAGAGAUCCUUGGGGGUGGACGCUUUGGAAAAGUACACCGGUGUACAGAGAAGUUAUCUGUACUAAAACUGGCAGCCAAAGUCAUCAACACACGAAAUUCGAAAGAAAAGGUAAGACUUGUAUAUAUGUUUGUAUAUCUUUUGUGUGUAUAUCUAUGGUUUCAAUGCUGGGGUGUUCGCCACUCACAGGAAAUGGCCAUGAACGAGGUGCAGGUGAUGAACCAGUUAAAUCACGCAAACAUCCUCCAGCUUUAUGAGGCCUUUGAGACAAAGAACCAAGUGGUGUUAAUCCUUGAAUAUGUUGAGGGUGGAGAGUUGUUUGAUAGGAUCGUAGAUGAAAGCACACCUUUGACAGAGGUGGAUGCCAUGGUGUUUGUAAAACAGAUCUGCGAGGGGAUCCACUACAUGCACCAGAUGUUUGUUCUCCACCUUGACUUGAAGCCCGAGAAUAUCCUUUGUGUGAAUCGCACCAGCCAUCAGGUGAAAAUAAUUGACUUUGGUUUAGCAAGAAGAUACAAACCACGGGAAAAGAUGCGUGUAAAUUUCGGAACACCUGAGUUUCUGGCCCCGGAGGUAGUGGACUUUGACUUUGUCUCCUUCCCCACUGACAUGUGGACCCUUGGAGUUGUCACAUACAUGCUCCUGAGUGGUCUGUCACCGUUCCUGGGUGACGAUGAGAGCCAAACCCUCAACAAUGUCCUGGCUGUCAACUGGUACUUUGAGGAAGAGGCUUUUGAGCACAUCUCAGCAGAGGCCAGGGACUUUAUCUCCAACUUGCUUAUCCGUGAGAAGGGGGGAAGACUCAGUGCUGCCAAAUGUCUCAAGCAUCCCUGGCUCAACAACAUCUCAGAGAAGGCUAAACACAACAACAUAGUACUCAAAUCCCAGGUCCUGCUGAAGAAAUACAUGGCCAAGAGGUUGUGGAGGAAAAACUACAUUGCAAUAGCAGCAGCGAACAGAUUCAAGAAAAUCAGCAGUUCAGGUUCUCUAACCUCUCUGGGAUUCUGAGUCUGUGAUCACUGAGGCCUCUGCAUAAAGCCUCUGUCAUAGAUGAUCUCCACGGCAGAGCUCUAAAACCUGUCCUUGCUCACACCAGCUGCAAGAUACUCAACAUACAAGAUCAGAAAUACAGUUUUUUGUGGAACUGGACAAACCAAUUAACUAUUGGUGGGAAAGACCCCUUCCAAAUCCAAAGUAUCCAGGUCAUGAGCAUGCAAAAAGGCAAAAAUAUUUGAAUAGACU